UUGACAUCCUUGUGUAUUUACCCAAUAAUUGGACCAAGAUAACCAAUCACAGGCAAGCAAGAUAAAGCUACAAUUGGCAAGGUCUUUUUUAUAUUCUUUUGAGUCUACAUAAUUGUAAAACAUAUAACGUUUUAUUAAUACAUAAUUUAAUCACAAACUUUUUAAUCUAUCACCAAGAGUAUCCAUUAUCACCUUAAACAUUUUCCAUAACUCCUUUCUCUGCAAUACAUCAUAAUCCCAACUGUUGUCGCGCAGUUUUCGUCUGAUUUUCCAUGUCAAUUUAACAUCUUGAAACAAGCGCUUGCCUCCCAGAUAAAAAUCAUAUAAAAUUUUUCUAAACUUUUGAAAUCUGCCAGCCAAAGUAGUCGAAUCCGUGCUUGUACAACGAAAAACAAAAUCAUUGACUUUAUGCCGCCUGUCUAUCACUCCUUUGCGACAAAUACGGCGAUUUUGUCGAUUUUCAAGCGCAGGUAUACAGGAUGUGCUUUGCGCACUAAAGUAAUUACAUCUAGAGGUAUGUUUAUAUAUAAAAGUUGAGGCGCUUAGCAAGUUAAAUCUCGUCAAAUGAGUACAAUUUUUGUGUACAAAACUUGCUGCAUUGACCGCCAUUUUGUUUCCUUCUCGGAUUACCACUGACCGCAACGAACCAUCGUCUCAUUCUCAACUUGACACUUUAAAAAAUUGUAUUUAAAAAUACUUCCUUUUUUCCUAAUUUUGAAUGAGAAAAUAGCUUCAAAUGGGGCACAUUCAAACUUGAACAUUUUUUCUCCAUAUAGACUGCAUAAAAUUGACAAUAUCACACAAUUUGCGCGACUUUUUUUAACAAAAUUAGUCCCUUUUGAAACACUGGUCUCAGUCCCCACGCGGCCAGAGGAAUCCAAUAUGGCCGCUGGAAAAUUUUAGUAUAUUUUACUUUAAAGUUAGUUUCAUACCAUUUAGUGCACGUUUAGUAAACAUUUCGUGAUUAUUUCUAUUAUUUAAGGUUAAAGUAAUGAUACGCAACGAUAUUUUAAUAAAAACUAGACGCUUAACUGUACAAAUUCGUUAUUUUAUGCUGUACAAGUAUAAAUAUCAAUCUGGGAGGGCGAUUUCUAGUCAUAGUAUGUCGUACAGUAAGAUAGCGACGGUGCUCACGGAUAAAGUAACCUCGCUUACAAAACAAUUCGACAGCGUUCUUGGGAUUUCCGAGGUCCGUAGUGCACAGAGUUUGGUCCAGACAGCCGAAGAUGAGUUUAUGAAAAGCAGACGCUGCGUGGGAGAGACAAGAAUUGAACUUAUUCGAUUACAGAAUCAACUACGCGACCUUAGGAGCAAACUGGACCGCAUCCCACGCGAAGAUGAACGUUAUUUGCAGCUAGCUACGGAAGAACACAAAGCAUUAAUCGCAGAGAGAAAAGCCAAGACGGACUUGGAGACGUUAGAGACGCUUGAAAGAGAUCAGUUUUCUGCUCUGUCAGCAGCAGUGAGAGCAGCCCACGAGAAAGAACGAAGUAGAGCAGAGAGAACGAAAUAUUGGUCGAUUAUCGCUUCUGCAUGUGGCGCUGUUUUAGGUUGGUCCCGGACAUCUUUCAAUUUCGCUUUGACAGCCUGGCACACUCAAUAGAGAGGUCAGAAUUGACUUCCACUACCGGCUACCAUUAACCAAUCAGAUGCGUUUGAUAUAUUCAAUUAACCAAUCAGAUGCGUUAGAUAUAUUCAAUUAACCAAUCAGAUGCGUGCUAAGCCAGUGAGAGGUAGUGGUAGCAGUAGUGGAAGUCAAAUCUGAACCUGGGGCGGACAGACUUGACUCAUCAAGACGCAUCUCUUUCAUCCUUUUUUUUGCCUAACUUACGUUGAAAAUUUACCCCACUUGUCAACAUCACAAUUUUUCUGGCGGAGGCAGCUCCCUUUCUCCCCCCCCCCCUCCCCCCCUAUGAAUUAACAACUAACAGUGUCAAUCCUUGUGUAGGUAUCCUUGGUUCGACGAUAAUCAACAUGAAAAGAAUGAAGCAAAUAAGAUUAACCGUGCAAGAAAACAAUGAAGAAUUUAUCGCCAAAACUAUGGAAGAAUUAGGUACACUUUUUAAACCUGGACAACAUGAAAUUACUACCUCUGGAGUUGGUCAAGCCCACAGUCAACUAUCAAACGAUUUUCUUGCAUUGUUAAACGAAAAUACUAAAAUGUUGGGGGCAAUCGAUGCAAAAGUUGAAAACAGACAUAUACGAGACUUAGCAUGGUGGUCAAAAGCUAGCUUGAUUGCUUCUGUGACCAGCUCAGCUUGCUUGAUCUUUUAUAUGCUCUCUAAGUAAAAUAGAAUAGGAUAUAAUAUACAACCGUAUGAAUAAACCUAAUCAGUUAAUAACGCAUGUUUAUGCAAGUUACCUGUUUUGGCAAAAUAUGGUUUUCAUUUGGUUGACGGUAAAACAGAUGUAAUAUUUGUCAAUGUAUCUCGACAAUAGUUAAGGAUGAUUUGCAUACAGCUCACAAAAGACAAGAUAGAUCCAGACAUUUCACUUCAGCUUAUUACUGUAAGCAUAGAAUGGAACAAAAAUAGCCAAUUUGUUGGAAUUAGAUAUUUAAGGAAUGGAUUAUUGGGUGGUGACGGGCAUUCACACAAGUUAGCUAAUUAGGUUUAUUUUGUACUGAAGAAAAAUAUAAUUGAUCCUAGAUAAAUCUAGAAAUAUAACAUGAAACAUGCUCCGAACUCAAGAUUCGAGCUAUUUAAAUUCAUUAAGACGAUGUGAAAUUUACAAAAAAUGUAAGAUUAAAAGUUUUCUUUAACUUGACCGCAGUUUGUUUGUUUGGACUAGUAAUCUGCUGGUAAUAUAGUGGGAGGGAGACAUC